ACAUUAUUUCUAAAAGAAGUUGAAGACUUAGAUUCCACAAACUACACUUGCUUUGUACAUAUAGAUGAUGGAAAGGAUAAAUAUACUAAACAUGUGAAUCUAAAAGUUGUAGAUUGUUGCCACUGUUUGGGAAGACACCGACUCUUACCAGUGAAGACACGUAGAUGGACCAUAUGAGUGUCAUGACCCUAUUCCUCUGUUUAGUGAGGGAGACAUGGCUAAUCUGACAGGGGACUGUGACUUUUAUUGGAAGCUGGGAAGAGAUUUGUUUGCAGUAACUACCAAACCUGCCUUGACAUGGAAUUUGACCAGCACAGAAUACAUCACAACUGUUUGUAGACUAAACUGUGACAGGCAUCCAGAGAAAUGCACUCCUAAUCCUGCUGGGGGCUUAUAUCAGAGACUGAAUGAAUCAGGAUUUUCUCUGGCUGAGUCUCAAUUAGAUUCUUCCUGCAUAGCCGAAUUUCAAAGGGAAAAUGACACUGCAGAAACCAGAUCUCCAAGUUUGGAGAUAUAUGCAAUGGAUAACAGUUUAACAGUAUUUGAUGGUUUAGGACAUAUAAUAAGAUACACAAGAGGAUGUAAAACUGUAAGUAGUGCUAGAAUUAUCCAGCAUAUUAAAAUAAUAAUUAAUAUGACAGCAGUAGACAUCACUACUAGACAUUCACAAUGCAAAUCCACCAACUUAUGGCCGAUUAAUUCCCUACACUUGAAAUAUAGACAUUACCAAUAUAGGAGAAACAAACAUGAUGUUACAGGAAUAAUGGGAACUGCUUUGGGAGCAGUUGGGGCAGGUACAGGAUUUCUGAAUAGCAUAGACGUUGACACUUUGAGAAGUAAAUUAAGCCGUUUAGGUGAAGACUUAAACAUGGCUUUUAAGCUAUUAGCUGAUCAUGACCCAGAGCUCGGUCAAAGAACCGUAGAUACUGUUAUAACUCAAACUGUCAUGUGGAGAUGGAUUGAUCAUGCUAAUAUGUAUACAGAGCAGGUUUUAAAUAACCUUACUAAAGAAUUAAAUCAAAGCUUUUGUAUUUUGUCCCAAUUGGCUGCGAAUCAGCAAUACCUGCAAUUCAUCCAGGUGUGGGGGGCAAAGCGGCCAAGCCAUUGGCAAAAUGAGCUACAGUUGUAUAAUUGGUUAAAACCAUUAGAUUUUACAUGUGAAAAUGAUUCUUGCAUGUUGACCUUUGAUUAUCUUGCUAGCAAAAAGGGAACAAAGCAAGUUUGUCCAUUUCUAGCAUUGCCUUUGCAAUUUGGAAAUAAUUGGUGGGUGCCUCAGAUAGAAUCUAAUCUUAUUGAUUAUAAUGAUGUGCCCAUUGAUUUAGCGGGAUGUGAGACCUGGCCCCAGGGGUGGGUAUGCAUGCUAAUUAAAAGGAAGCCUCAUCCAUGUUUACAUAAUGGGACUGAAUGUAUUUGGCAUAGAUAUAUAGUGAAUGGGACAGACAUUUAUCAACUCAAUGACACCACAGCUUGUGUAGUAUCCUCCUGUAAGCUAGCUUGGAGUGAUGGAACAAUCACAUACAGUGGAGCACAUUGCAAAAGUAAUGUACAUGCAAUCAUUGAUUUUUGCACUGGGGAACUGAUUAGAUUAGCCAGAUGGAUGGACAUCACAUUAAAUGCUAGCAUAGAACCAUUACGCACUUUUCGAUGGCCAUCUCUGGUCCACCCGGACUUUAAACAGAUUAAGCAGGAAGGGCAAGCUGUGCUGCUCCUGUUAAACAAGACUUUACAUGAUGUGCAUCAAACUGUAAUUACAAUGAUUAAAGACAAAGGUACCAUUCUAAAAAUUGCAAAUGAAAUUCAAGAUAUGACUGUUUCACAUUGGUAUGAUGUUUUUAUGUGGUCACCAAAGGCUUCUGCUUGGUUCAAUCUGCUUUUACACCCUUUGUUGCUGACCACAAUAAUUUCAGUGUUGUUUUGCUUGAUUUCUUGCUGCAUUUAUUGUAAGGUCAUGAAAAAGUACAGAAAGAUGUUGUCAGUUUUGCUCAUCAUCAGGAACACACAGCAAUCAUUGCUUGAUGCAAGGGGUGGACUGUGACGGAUCCACACAGUUUACCUGAUUUUUAAUGCCUCAAGCUAUUGAACUGCUGUGUGUAUAUAUGUGUGCUUGAUGUCAGAUUGAUAUGCUGCUAAUUGAAUAAAUACAUGAUAUGCUGCUUAAUGUUAUAUGCUGCUAAUUGAAUAAAGAAUUAUGCUUCAAAGGCAAGCCUUGCACACUGAUGCUGGUAUAACUGAACUUUAGUUAACCCUUGAAGUUGUUUGUCAGCUUAAAAGAUGUUUACCAGACGGUGGGGGAUUUCAAAGAGGAACUAUAUCACAAGUUUGUGGGCUAACUGCCUUCUAAAAGGAGGAAGUAAUGUAUAAAACUAGACAUUACGGGACUUGUUGACAACUUAGGAAAUGAUUUGUAAUAUUCUAUCAGCUCAUGAUUAAACUGGUGAUCUGAAUGUCAUCAGCCAACAGUUUAUGAUUAAACUAUUGGCCUAGGUGUCAUCAGCUGAACUUAUUGACCCUAUGGCAUAUUCAAACCUAUAAAAGGCUCAGAUGCUGGCAAUAGAUUGGAACUCAUCAUCAUCCGGAUCUGAUUGAAGCAAGAGCCUGAACUGAGCAUACAGCCAUUUCUUGCCAGUUUCGGCCCUGUCUUGACUGAACAGAUAGCAGUACUGAAUAGGUUCUGAGUCCCCCUAUCAGUGGCAAAGAUGAUUUUAUUUUUGCAUAUGCU